UACGCUGUGGUUUUUGUUUGUUUUGUUUUUUUAAAUAAUAGAAGUAAAUUUUGGUGAGCAAAAUAGACGUGACAUGCUUUAGCUAAGACCAUGUUGAAUUUCCUUUCAAGUCUUAACAGUUUUCAAGUGCACUAUGUACUAAAUAACGUAACAUUAACGUCUCUUCACACAUUUAAGAUUUUUAUGGUCAGGUAUAAGACUUUUUUUUUUUAAGAUUCUGAAAUGGCCAUAACAAACUGUAGAAUGAAGCUUUGGUUGCAAGGGUUGCCAUUGCUACUAAUGACAUCCAGUUUAUUUUUAGAGUUUGAUUACUUAAGUUCAUGCUACUGAUUUGUUUGCAACUAACGUUUGUUAAACUUUUCAUUUUAUACAAUAAACUUAGAAAUUCUCUUUUCAACUUAAAUUUACUCUUAAAAGCCUAAACCCACACUAAGUCUGAAUUAAAAGGUCUGUUCUUACUGCAGUACAAAGCAGUCAACUUUCUAAUAUUUUUUUAAUAUUUUACGCUUACUUCAGGGUUCUACAUUUAGUGACAUGGGCCAUGCUCUCACCACUGUGUAAUUAGAAGUUGGAAAUCUUGUUUGUCUGUCUUAACUGGUUCCUUUUCACAGCUUACCAUGCUAAUGUAUUACUGUGUAAAUUCAGGACCUCAAAGCUUAAGGCAUCUUCGUGGAGACAUGUAUCAGAACUCUCAGAAAUACUCCUGAUAAUUUGCUUUUUAAAAAUACACAAUUUAUCAGUAUAACUUAAGAAUACUAAUUGUAUGAGCUCCUACUUGAGCGCAGCUAUUCUCUUUGACUUGGAUGAAAGCUUCAGCCUGCCUCGUAUAAGAGGAGUUGUAUACCAAUUUUGAUUAAGCUUUUUAAAACUGUCUGAUUGAAUUGUAAUAAACUUUUACGUGCAGUGAGUUACUGCUAAUAUGCAAGAUACAAAUGAAUUAUGUUUGUAUGUAUUAGACAUACACUAGACACAAAAUAGUAAGAAACGAGCAAGGUCGUUAGCUACGUUCUGGACCUUCAUUGUGUAAUUGUCUGAUGAGAAGUCUGUGAACAGAAGCCUGGCUAGAAAUGAUCUGACACCUUGAGAGGACCAGCAGAACAUACUUGAAAUCCUCUGUGGCUCUUUAAUUUAGAGGGUCAGAAUUGCCAGACACGUUUCGCAGUCCAUUACAAUGAAGCCAAGACUGGACUGUGAUUCAAAUAAAAGCAUAUGCUCAAACCCGCAGCGUAAUAAUGGGUCUUGUCAACGGACUUGUCAAACUCAAGAUUUGUAUUCCUAAUGUUAUAAACUUCUGAAGUUAGCACUUUUAAUUAACUUGCUCUUAAGGAGAAAAGGAACAGUGUCCAUGAGUUGAGUCAUCUUGAGUGACCUGAGCAUUUUAUAACGUAUUUGAAAUGGAGCACUUCGAUCUUAAUUGUCUUACAUAUUUCCUAUUAUCAUCAUGGUGCUGUUUGUGCUGAAUAGAUAUUAUAAUACAAACAGCUUUAAAUGUCUCUUGGUGCUUUUGUGAGCUCUUCGGAGCUUUCUUUUCUUACAAGAACAACAUGUUUUCAUCUAGUAAGUGGCAGCUUGCUCUAGGUAGGUAGGCUUCAGUAGGCUAGAUGUAUGUUACUGGGGAUUCAAGAAAAGGUUUAAGUUCAUGACCACCCUACAGCAUAUUAAUGAGGCAUAACAUUUAUAGGACUGACAGCUUAUGUGGAAAGUCACUGGUAUGGUGAUGUGUUGCAUCUUCCUUGCAAAAAAUACUUAAUUUAUCCCAAGAAAGAAACUGGUGCCAAGUCAAUAGCUUUAGAUCAGCUGGCCUCACCUCCUUUUACGAACAGGAGAUGUGCUUGCCUGAUACAUAGAGCUUGUAGUGCUGGUCUCUUGGGGAACGGACCUGUGAUGCAAUGCGUUUUCUCUGGAGUAGGCUGUGCUGUACCUAUGGCAUCUCUUCUGUAAUUCAGAAAUAAAAUACAAGACAACUGUAGGACUACCUAAAAAGUCUGUUUAUUUUUAAAACUGGGAUUGCUUUCUUAAUCACGCAGGGACUAGAGCAGUUACGUGACUGCUCUGUUUAAAAGAUUUUCAAAUUAACAUUCAUAAAAGAGUGCUAAACAGAAAAUCUAGGUGUUAAAUUUAAGCUUCAGGUGAAAAAAAUAUAUAUUUUUUUAAUAGCUCACUGGUUUGUCCUUGGCAUAAGCCUUCAGCUUUUGUUAUGCAUUUUAUAGUUUGGUAGUGAAUGUGUUUGGGGAAUUAAGGUUUCAAAACUCAGAUUGCAAUGGUAUGUUUGAAAAUGGUGGGAAAAUGAUCACUCGUUUAUAUGCAUUAAUGUAUAUCUUGGUGCUGAUUUAUAAAACUCAUUGCUUGGUUCAAAUACUCAUUUUAGAGUAGAGAAGUUCUAAUAGUUGUUAGUGAUACUACUCUGAAAAAUACUAAAUUAGUUUUCCAAUUUUUUUCUGAGCUGAGAAGAAUGCUUUCUGGUUAAGUCUCUACUUUACUGUUCUAGUAGAGGAAGCUGUUCCUCUGUGCUGACACAAAGGCAGAUUCUUUAUGCUUAAUAAAGUUUCUGAGGAGUUACUAUAAUUAGAUGCUAACGCCAGAUUUAAAGAAAAUAUAAAUUAACUUAAAUGUAGACAAUUUCUCUUUAGCUGUGCUAUAAAUUACUAGAAGUGACUGAGGGCUGUAAGUUGAAGAUCUUUCAACUGUCAGCUUUACCUUGUCUUCACAUAUGAAAUGAUCUUCUAAGUGUUCUAUUGAGUGAAGCAUUUGAUAACAGGAGAAAAGGAGGCUUAAAGGGUGUAAAUAAGCCUCUUUGCCUAGUUCACUUCUUAAGCUUUGUAAAUGUGCUCUGAGUAAAUGACUGAUAGAUGCCGUUUGGAGGAUCAGAGUCCAGUAACCAUGUUGUGUUUGUUCUACGAAGUGCUCAUCCACCAUUUUACAAGUACCUCAGCUUCGUGCUUCCAUUUGUUAAUUGCAGUUGGAUCACAUUUUAAAGGCAUGUUUUAAACAUGCAAAUUUCGUACCCACUUGAUACCCUACAUGUUAGUGGCAGUUCAGGACUAUGGAUUUUUAUUUUUCCUUCCUUGAAGGGAUCUUUUUAUUAUUAAUUCUUUCUUUUUCAUAGAUAUUAAUUCUUUCAAGUAAAUUAUUAUCAACAAAUAAACUUGUUCUAUUGAUCUGUUUGUUUCUUCCUACACAUCUGAGUAGCCAUCAGUUGGAAGUUGGAAAUCAGAACAUUGUAGAAAGUGAAGCACAGUAUGGUAUCACCAAAUAGGUUAUUUUUUUUACGUUAUUGGAAGCUAUGUUCUAAGUAGAUUGAGAGAGUUCACAAGACAAGCAGUUUGUUUUUUCAUGUUAGGAGGAUAAUUUGUAUAGCUUAUGGUAGUGGGUUACUUAAUACAAAUGAAAUUCACAGUUGAAAAAGGGGGUUUAGGUGAGUUAAUAGGUUUCAGGUUUUAUUUUAAUCCUGUUACCUCUCUGUAAAGUGAUAGAGGUUAGAUGUUAGAUAUUUAAUGUGGACUGCCAGUAAGCAUUUUCCAAGUGGAAUUUUCAAAUUUGGGACUUGAACAUAAUGAAUAACUUUAUAGGAUAUAGAUCAGGUAACUUAAUCCAUAUCAGUGGGUUAAACAAUUCUUCUACACCUAACUGAUACUGCCUUUUAGAAAAACUAGUAUUCUAAUUAUUUAUCUGUGGAGGACAGAUUAGUUUCAGCGUAUUUAUAUUUUGUUUUUCCUCCAGAGGAUUUGUGUGCAGGUUUAGGUCUGUUUUUUUUUGGGGGGGGGUUCUCUGAUAGCAGGUUGCCUAGUCAUACCUCGUGUUCAACUUCUUGAUAAAAAUGUCUACUGUGCCAUAUGCUGUGGUCUGCUGGGAGUGUUUUCAUUGAGGGAUAGGACUACUGUAAUAGACUUAGGCUAAUGUUCAGGUUUUCUAGAUCUUUGUCUUAAAUUUUAGCAUUUAACAUAUUGUUUUCCCUACAGAUGUGUUGAGGAAUUUACUGUAAGCAAAAUAACUGCUCUUGGUUGAAGCACUGAAUCCAGUCAGAUGAAGAGUGUCAAAAGGAGUCUGCGAAUGAGACCAAGAUGGCAUUUCCACUGUUGAUUGAGAGGUUGAGGAAAUGGACUAAUGCAUGAGUGCUGUGAUAUAUCUGUCCAAGAAAAGGACGUUAAAACAUGGACUCCCGUGUUAUUAAACCAGAGAAGAUCUGGGUUGUGAUCAUCCGAUCAAAAUGGACUUUGCACUUGAAUUAAUCAGGGGACUGUAUCAGUGACAAUCCAAUGAUGGAUCUGUUUGAGGAUCGGGUGGCAAAAAUUUAUUCCCAGGUUAUGUAUGCGUAAAAGGGAAAUGAAUGUGGUAAGAGAUCUGCUGCUACCCCUUUGGAGAAAAUGUAUUUUUUUUAAAGUGAUUUAAUAAAAGGCUUUGGUUUCUUUCAUGCUUCGUGUUUGUCCUUUCUGGCUGAAUCUUUUUUUAUUGUGUUGAUAUUUAAGUGUCUUACAUUUUUGGUUGGUAUGAAAGUGAGAAAUACUUUAGCUGCCAAGCACUAAAGGCAAGGUAAUUUUCUUUUUAUAUUCUUGAUUUUCUUUUAAAAUGUGGUUUUCAUUUACAAAUUAUCUUCACUUUGCCGUGACUUCUAAUGAAUUUUCUGGUUUGUUCACUCAGGUGCUUAAUGUUAGGCAUUUUUCAGUACUUGCUGUGUUGUCAGGGUACUUGUGCUAAACUUUGUGAAGUUAUUUUAAGGUGGAAUCAACAUUAUUUGAAGGCGUAGCAAAUAUGAUAUAAUAAAGGAGUACUUAAAUAUUUUGUGUCAGUUUUUUAGGUAUGCUGAUUCAGCCAUGUGUAUGAACAGAAACUUUCACCAGAUUUUCUGGGCAACAUACUUCCUCAGCAGUCUGUUCUGUCUUAAAUUUGUUCUGUACAAGUGUGUAAUCUCCUUCACCGCUAUUUAAUGUAGGCUUAGCUGCCUGGUACCAUAGCAUGUAUUUGAUGAGAAAAACUGAGUUAAUUUUCUUACUGGUACUGAUGAUGGUCACCUUUACAAAUGAAUUUUAAAAUGGUUCUUAUGUUUAAAAAUGGAUAUUUUUAACUUUCUCAUGGAUGAAAUAGUUGAAAUGUAGCCGCCUUCCUAAGUACAUUUUACCUGAAAUUUACAUGGUCUUUGUCAUUUUGGUUUUCUAGCAAAAGACGAAGGUGGUGCUGAGAACCUAGGCAAUGUUGUUUGUUUUUUUUUUUUUUUUUUUUUUUAAAAAAAAAAGGCUAAAAGAUAUCCAAAUGCUGUGUGUUUAGCCCUUUGGUUUCCUCAGUCCUCUUUGUAAAUAACUGACCUUAACCAUAAUGAAUUGCUCGUACUUGUUUAAUCCAGCUAUUUUGAUGAUUGCCUGCUGAAGUUUCUUUGCCAUGUGUUCUGUGGUGGUGUUGGAUAUUGGGACCAACCUAAAGGGACCCAUGUUCAGAGGAAUGCAUUUCUUUAGUGGUAGCCGAAAUUGCUUGGAAUUUGAUGUUGUAUUUUGUUAGUUCUUGCAGUUUAGGUGCAAGGGGUCUUUCUGUAAAUAACCGCUAAACUGAGAUGGUGCAAAAUGGAGUGUGACAACAGAGCGUGCCUUCCCGAACCCCCUUGGGAUGGAGACGUGAUAGGUUGUUGGGAGAUGUGGAUGGCAAGUGUGUAGCGGAGUUGAAAGGAUCUUGGCUGAGCUGGUAGAAACCAAUGGUGCCAAGCUGUUGGGAUGCUGUGUGGUGGAUGGACCUCAGAGGUCUGAGCUAGCCCAUGGCCCUCCUCCCCCCAGCAGUCCCCCAGUGGCUGAUUUCUCUGUCGUGGUGUGAUGCCCGCGAGUACGCAGGAUGUCCUUGUGCAUUAGGUAGUUCGUUGCUUGAAGGAACACAACUGGUGGUGGGGAUGCUUGGAUCUCAUCCAUCUCCUCCGUGAGAGCUCCUCUCAGUACUGGGAUGAUGAACGUGGGAUAUGGCUUGGAUUUCUACGUCUCCAUCUUGGCUAUUCCGUGGUUUGAAAAAUUGUUUGUCUUGUUAAAAAAAUCCCUUAAUGACCAUUAAUGGGUUAAGAAUGGGAAUUGGAAAUAACCCUUCUAAUGGUGCCAGACUUAUUUUACAGCAAUGCCUUCGUGCAUCUGAUGAAAAUGGCGUAGCUGUUGGAUUUUUGGUGUUGGGCAGGACCACUAGGGAGGCGCUGUCGAGCUGGAAGGGGUUGUUAGUGCUGUGGGGCUUCCUUAGGAGCGUGUGAGGCUCCUUUCCCAAGCUCUGCGUGCAACUGUUGGGUGCCAAAAGGAGGAGCUGUUGUCUGGGGGUACUAUUACUUAAUUUAAAAAAAGCUGCCCCUUGGGUGGGGUGACCCCCAAGGUGGGCUGUUGCUGCCUGCAUGGCUGUGAGCUCUACUUCCAUUCUUUCAAAAUGGCUUGUAACAGCACCACUUCCUGUCCAGGGAGGAAGUAAUUUUAGCCCAAGCAGUGAAAUAUUUAGCAAAUCUUUAAAACAAAAGGCACAAAUUACAUUCCUUUCUGGUUUCAAAAGGGUGCCUGAGCCACAUGGGGUUAAGGUGCCCCUUCAGCUGGGGUAGUUGGAAGAAGCCAGGGCUGUGGGGGGUAGCAGGCACCCUUUAGGUGGAGGCUAUCUCUUUUUUUGGUAGAAAUGAAGGGGUGGGUCUAUGGUACAUCACCUGAGUUGUGGGGUAAAUGUAGAGAGUGUCAAUCAAAGGCAGAGCUCAGAGCUGGGAAGGAGCUCUAGAUGGCGGCUGUGCCUUAGAGAGAGCGCGCUCAGCUCCGUGCCUUCCCCAACACUUUACGCAACUUUCCCUAACUUUCGGGCAGCCUCAGGGGGCCCCCACAGCCCCUUGCCUCUCCUAGGCACUAAUUGGGGGCCGAGCGGACCUUUUUCGGGCAGAAAAGCAGCUUUUGAGGGCUCCCUUUUCGUGCCUUGCUGGAAAGAAGAAGCCGUGGAGAGAGCCCAGGUCGUUGUUUUUCCAGCUUAGAAGCCAUGGCGUACCUCCAUUUUUGUGCGCUCUCCUAAUGAGCUUUUUCCCCCGGACAUUUUUGUACUAAUUAUCGCUUCUUUUGCUUUAUCGGCAGCAUAUUUUUGGAAUUAGAAUAUAUAUUUUUUUUCAUUUUUUGAAAUUCGUAUUUUAUUAUUUGAACUCUAAAUAUUUUGGAUCUAAUGUUUUUCCACGACCCGAAACUAAUAUCGACUUGGUCCUGGCGGCGGUGCAUGGAUCAGUAAAUACCUGGGCACAGGACUUCAAAGCAAACAGACACCCCUGGCCCCCUCUUAGUAUUUAAGAAUAAAAAGAUGAUGAGAAAUAAGGACAAAAGCCAAGGAGAGGAGGGUUCAGUCCACAGCAAUGCAUCGAGUCACUCGGCAUCCGAAGAAGCCUCUGGCUCUGACUCUGCAAGCCAGUCUGAGAGCGAGCAGGGCAGCGAGCAGGGCAGCGAGCAGGGCAGCGAGUCAAACAGCAGCUCGGAGUCCUCUGAGAGUCAGUCUGAAUCCGAAAGUGAAUCAACGGGUUCGAAAUCCCAGCAGACCCCUCCUGAAACCAAAGAAAAACCGGCCUCUAAGAAGGAAAGGAUAGCAGAUGUUAAAAAGAUGUGGGAAGAAUAUCCUGAUGUUUAUGGGGUUAGGAGGUCAAACCGAAGCAGACAAGAACCAUCGCGAUUUAAUAUAAAAGAUGAGGCAAGUAGCGAAUCUGAAAAUGAGAGCCCCAAACGAAGAGGCCAGAAGCAAAUGAAAAAAACAAAUAAAUGGAAAAGAGAGGUCUCUGGUGAAGAAGAGGAUGAAGAUGGAGGGGAGCAGGGCACCAGUGCAGAGAGUGAGCCUGAACCGAAGAAAGUUAAAGCAAGAAGACCUGCCCAGAGGAGAACAGUGGCCAAAACCAACGUUAAAAAGCCUCACAAACCCCAGCGUGGGAAGAAGAGAAAGAAACCGGACUCAUCUGAAGAUGACGACGACGAUGAAGACGAUGAGACCCCCAAGAGACAAACUCGACGAAGAGCAGCCAAAAAUGUCAGUUACAAAGAAGAUGAUGAUUUUGAGACGGAUUCUGAUGACCUGAUAGAGAUGACUGGGGAAGGAGCUGAUGAACAGCAAGACAACAGUGAAACUAUUGAGAAAGUCUUGGACAUCAGGCUUGGAAAAAAAGGAGCCACUGGUGCUUCCACCACAGUGUAUGCAACUGAAGCCAAUGGCAACCCAAGUGCUGACUUUGACCCUGAAAAGGAUGAGGGAGAAGUUCAGUACCUGAUCAAAUGGAAAGGCUGGUCAUACAUCCAUAGCACAUGGGAGAGUGAAGAGUCCCUGCAGCAGCAGAAAGUGAAGGGCCUGAAAAAGCUAGAGAACUUCAAGAAAAAAGAGGAGGAGAUCAAGCAAUGGCUGGCCAAGGUAUCCCCUGAAGAUGUGGAAUAUUUCAACUGCCAACAGGAGCUGGCUUCAGAGCUGAACAAACAGUAUCAAAUAGUGGAGAGAGUAAUUGCCGUGAAGACCAGCAAGUCUGCGACGGGGCACGCUGACUUCCCAGCAAACAGUCGCAAAACAUCCUCAAAUGACCCUGAAUACCUGUGCAAGUGGAUGGGGCUGCCCUAUGCGGAAUGCAGCUGGGAAGAUGAGGCUCUGAUAAGCAAGAAAUUUCAGCACUGCAUUGACAGCUUCAACAACCGUAACAACUCCAAAACAAUUCCUACACGGGACUGCAAGGUACUGAAGCAGAGACCAAGGUUUGUUGCCUUGAAGAAACAGCCUUCUUACAUUGGUGGUGAGAACCUGGAGCUGCGAGACUACCAGCUGGAGGGCCUCAACUGGCUCGCUCACUCCUGGUGCAAGAACAACAGCGUGAUCCUGGCUGAUGAAAUGGGCCUGGGGAAGACGAUUCAGACAAUAUCGUUCCUGUCGUACCUCUUCCACCAGCACCAGCUGUACGGCCCUUUCCUGGUGGUGGUACCUCUGUCGACUCUCACCUCGUGGCAGAGAGAGUUUGAAGUGUGGGCGCCUGAGAUAAACGUGGUAGUUUACAUCGGAGACCUCAUGAGCAGGAACAUGAUACGUGAAUAUGAGUGGAUCCACUCUCAGUCUAAAAGGUUGAAGUUCAAUGCACUUAUCACAACAUACGAGAUCCUCCUCAAAGACAAGGCUGUUUUGGGAAGUAUUAACUGGGCCUUUCUAGGCGUGGAUGAAGCCCAUCGGUUGAAAAAUGACGACUCUUUGCUGUACAAAACGUUGAUAGACUUCAAGUCCAACCACAGGCUGCUGAUCACCGGCACCCCACUUCAAAAUUCACUCAAAGAGCUCUGGUCCCUGCUUCAUUUCAUCAUGCCAGAGAAGUUUGAGUUCUGGGAGGAUUUUGAAGAAGAUCACGGGAAAGGUAGAGAGAAUGGCUACCAGAGCCUUCACAAAGUCCUGGAGCCCUUUCUCCUGCGCAGAGUGAAGAAGGAUGUGGAGAAAUCUUUGCCAGCCAAAGUGGAGCAGAUCCUCCGGGUGGAAAUGUCUGCUCUGCAGAAGCAGUAUUACAAGUGGAUUUUGACAAGAAACUACAAGGCUCUUUCGAAGGGAACAAGAGGGAGCACAUCUGGUUUCCUGAACAUUGUGAUGGAGUUGAAAAAGUGCUGCAACCACUGCUACCUUAUCAAACCUCCUGAGGAAAACGAGAAAGAGAACGGCAUUGAGACCCUGCAGUCUCUGAUCAGGAGCAGUGGAAAGCUAAUUCUCUUGGACAAGCUGCUGACCAGGCUGCGAGACAGAGGCAACCGAGUGCUGAUCUUCUCCCAGAUGGUGAGGAUGCUGGACAUCCUGGCGGAGUACCUGACUAUCAAACACUACCCUUUUCAGCGCUUGGACGGCUCGAUCAAAGGGGAGAUCCGAAAGCAGGCGCUGGACCACUUCAACGCUGAUGGCUCUGAGGACUUCUGUUUCUUGUUGUCAACACGAGCUGGAGGACUAGGAAUUAACUUGGCCUCUGCUGACACUGUCGUUAUCUUUGACUCGGACUGGAACCCCCAAAAUGAUCUCCAGGCUCAGGCUCGGGCUCACCGCAUUGGACAAAAGAAGCAGGUGAAUAUUUACCGGCUGGUCACAAAGGGUACGGUAGAGGAGGAGAUCAUUGAGAGGGCCAAGAAGAAAAUGGUGCUGGAUCAUUUGGUGAUCCAGCGUAUGGACACCACUGGCCGGACUGUUCUGGACAACAACUCCGGGCGAUCCAAUUCAAAUCCGUUCAACAAAGAGGAGCUGACGGCUAUUCUGAAGUUUGGAGCCGAAGAUCUCUUCAAGGAGCUUGAAGGGGAAGAGUCAGAGCCUCAGGAGAUGGACAUCGACGAGAUUUUGCGUUUGGCUGAAACACGAGAGAACGAAGUGUCCACCAGUGCCACCGACGAGCUCCUCUCACAGUUCAAGGUGGCCAACUUUGCAACCAUGGAGGAGGAAGAGACAGAGCUGGACGAGCGGUCCCAGAAGGACUGGGACGAUAUCAUUCCAGAGGAGCAGAGGAAAAAGGUGGAGGAGGAAGAAAGGCAGAAAGAAUUGGAGGAAAUCUACAUGCUGCCUCGCAUCCGGAGCUCGACCAAAAAGGCACAAACGAAUGACAGCGAAUCGGAUGCAGAAACCAAGAGAAGGCUUCAGAGAUCGUCUGGAUCAGAAAGCGAGACUGACGACACCGAUGACGAGAAGAGACCAAAGCGCAGGGGACGUCCUCGGAGUGUUAGAAAAGAUACCGUGGAAGGAUUUACUGAUGCUGAAAUCCGGAGGUUUAUCAAGGCUUACAAGAAGUUUGGACUGCCUCUUGAACGGCUGGAGUGCAUUGCCCGGGAUGCAGAGCUGGUGGAUAAGUCUGUAGCUGACCUGAAGCGGUUAGGGGAGCUCAUCCACAACAGCUGUGUGUCAGCAAUGCAAGAAUACGAGGAGCAGCUGAAAGAAAAUCCAAGUGAAGGGAAAGGACCUGGGAAAAGAAGAGGUCCUACUAUCAAGAUCUCUGGUGUCCAAGUCAACGUGAAAUCCAUCAUCCAGCAUGAAGAGGAGUUUGAAAUGCUGCACAAAUCCAUCCCCGCAGACCCAGAGGAAAGAAAGAAGUACCGCCUGACGUGCCGUGUCAAAGCUGCCCAUUUUGAUGUAGACUGGGGAGUGGAGGAGGAUUCUCGCUUGUUAGUGGGAAUUUACGAGCAUGGUUAUGGAAACUGGGAACUAAUUAAAACAGAUCCGGAAUUGAAGUUAUCUGAUAAGAUCCUACCUGUUGAGACAGAUAAGAAACCUCAGGGAAAACAGCUCCAGACCCGAGUUGAUUAUCUACUGAAACUGCUGAAGAAGGAUCUGGACAAGAAAGAAAACAUGAAAGAUGGGGAAGAGGGCAAGCUAAAGAAGAGGAAACCACGAGUAAAGAAAGAGAACAAGGCUCCCAAAGUCAAGGAUGAGCAUGGGAACGAACUCUCCUCUCCUCGGCACUCAGACAACCAGUCAGAAGAGGGUGAAGUCAAGGAGGAUGGCUUGGAAAAGAGCCCAGUGAAAAAGAAACAGAAGAAGAAAGAGAACAAAGAGAACAAGGAAAAACAGACAAGCACUAAGAAAGAAAAGGAAAGUGAUAAAGAGAAGAAGAAGACAAAAGACAAGAAAGAGAAGCCUAAAGGUGGUGAAGCCAAAUCUGGAAGUAAAGGGAAGAGAUCGCAAGGUCCUGUCCACAUUACAGCAGGGAGUGAACCAAUCCCCAUUGGAGAAGAUGAGGACGAUGAUCUGGACCAAGAAACAUUCAGCAUAUGCAAGGAAAGGAUGAGACCGGUGAAAAAAGCUCUGAAGCAACUAGAUAAGCCUGAUAAGGGACUGACGGUUCAAGAACAGCUGGAGCACACACGCAACUGCCUCCUAAAAAUCGGGGACCGCAUCUCUGAGUGCCUUAAAGCCUACACUGACCAGGAUCUCAUCAAGCUAUGGAGGAGGAACCUAUGGAUAUUUGUGUCAAAGUUCACAGAAUUUGAUGCCAGAAAACUGCACAAACUCUACAAGAUGGCUCAUAAGAAAAGAUCGCAGGAAGAGGAGGAGCAGAAGAAGAAGGAGGACAUGUCCAGCAUGAAGAAGCCGUUCCGCCCCGAGCCUUCAGGCUCCAGCCGCGAUUCUGUGAUGUCCCAGUCCCACGUGCCUCACAAUCCCCAUUCCCAGAAGCUCCAUCUGCCCCCCUCCCACACCCCACAGCAGAUGCAUGGGCACCCCCGUGACAACUACGGCCAUCCCAACAAGAGGCAUUUCAGCAACACAGACAGGGGAGACUGGCAGCGAGAUCGAAAGUUCAACUACGGCGGCAACAGCAACCAGGUGUGGGGAGGGGAACGGCACCACCAAUACGAGCAGCACUGGUACAAGGACCACCACUACGGGGACCGGCGAUCUCGUGGAGACCCUCACCGAAGCUCUGGGAACUACAGACCAAAUAACCUCUCCCGCAAGAGGCCCUAUGAACAGUACAACAGUGAUCGAGACCACAGAGGCCACCGAGAUUAUUAUGACAGGCACCACCACGACUCCAAGCGCCGACGAUCCGAUGAGUUCAGGCCUCAGAAUUACCACCAGCAGGAUUUCCGACGGAUGUCUGAUCACAGGCCACCCAUGGGAUACCAUGGCCAAGGACCUUCGGACCACUACCGGUCCUUCCACACAGACAAAUCGGGAGAUUACAAACAGCCUCUCCCUCCACCUCACCCCGCAGUGUCGGACCCUCGCUCGCCCCCCUCUCAGAAAUCUCCUCACGACUCCAAGUCGCCCCUCGAUCACAGGUCACCUCUGGAUAGGUCGUUAGAACAGAAAAACAAUCCAGAUUAUAACUGGAACAUUCGGAAAACAUAAAGUGACCGAGGGGGAAAAGCUCUCGUCUUGAAAAUACUUGGUCUGAUGCAACAGCCAGAAGCUUGGAACAUGCUGCUAUCAUCUUUGCUGGGUCAAGGAGGAUUUUGGGGGAGCAGGUGGAAGACUCUCCCUCGCUCUCAGUUCUGUUCUGGAUUCCCAUUUCCUUUCCCCCCUUUCUCCCAUUGAACGUUGGAACCAGACUUACUGCCUCAUUCUUUGCUUUGGUUUUGUUUCCCCCAGUCCGAUGGGCGCAAGGGAGUUUUCCCCAACCCCAGUGUUUCCCCAAAACCAAGAAGGCGGAUUGCUGCUGCUUAGGAUUGUGCGGAAGGCCGUGUGCCUGCGCUGACUUGAUGUUACAUGACAGAUGCUGCUUUGGGAUUGGGGAUAAACUGGUUGGGCUGGGGUUUGUGUGUAACCAGCACAGGCCACUGGGAGGACAUAUUCCAGGAGGGUCCCUCAGCAGCCAAGCUGUUGCUGUCACAGGGCUUGGUUGAAAGAGGGGCUCAGUGUCAUUUCAGAGUGACUCCAAAGGAGUAGGAGCCUUGCUGGUGACAAUCCAUCACUUUUCUGGCCACAUUGUCAUUUCUCAUGUCUUUAACCAUUUCAAGAAACUGCUCUGACUGCCAUUGCGUCCCCUGCAGCAGACGAGGGGUGGGGGAUCCAGGGCUGGAACUGUCAAGUCUUGACUCUGGGAGUCUUUGGGAUAUGUGAAGAAAGACAGACUUCUUUAGCAAAAGCUAAGUUCACUUCUAAUGACUAGGAAAGAAAAUGGGGUGAGAGCAGUAUUUGCCAGUGGACAGGGCUCAGGAAUUCAUAACAAAACUCUUCUUCUCUUCUGACAUGGGCGGCUUGGAUGUCCAGGCAUUAACACAGAUGCUAGCUGGGAGCUGCAAGGUACCAGGACAAAAGAUGGCUCUGGGCAUCUGGGGACCUUGAAGCUCCUACUCUCCCUGCCACUGAAGUACUCUGGUUUCUGGGCAUUUCUCUCUGUGCUUCACAAAACAGUGAUCACAAACCUGUACUACAGCUGAAAGGUAAGGGGUGGUAGAGCAGAGUUAAAUGGGAAUCCAGAGACUGGUGUCUGUCCGGGGAAUUGUCGCCUGUCGUCUUCCUGCCACUGUUCAGCAGUAGCUCUGAAUUUCUGAAAGUAACAGCACUGCUACUGCUGUCUGUCUGAAUUGAAAACGUACCCGGGAGCUUAGCACUUAAGUGAGCAGGGAGAAAAUGAGGAAUUCAGCACUAGGUACUUAAAAAUCCCUGGAGCACGUCUUAGAAGCCCAGCGUAGCAGAGGGAGAAGAGGGGUUUGCAGCCCAGCUCGGUGGGCUUCAGAGCAAACAUUCCUCCAAGUGUUCGAGUCACUGCAUCUGAUGCAGAACAGUGCCCAGCUGGUGGCAUGGUGCAAACGGUUAUGCACAGGUUGCUGGCCAGAAGUCAAGUGGGUGAUUUCUUUUUAGGUUCGAGGUCUUGGGUAGUAGAGUCGCGUCCCUGCAGACUACAAAGCUCUCCCAACAGCCGGGCUGCCCAGAGCACAGUGUCUGGGGAUGCGUCAUCUCCUGGAGCUCAGUAUUAAAGAUCAGGCCGUUCCCGACUGCUCUUCUUGGUGGGGGGCAGAAGCUGGGGAUCCUGUUAAGAUGCCAGUAUAUGACCCUAAUAAGCUGUGAUGUCCUUUCCCUGAAAGACUGAGGGGUGUUGAGGGCUGGCUUCCCCGCUCCAACCAGCUUUGGAAGGCGCACACAAAUUGACACUAAUCCCCUGCCUCUCCCCUCUGCCCGGAGCCGAAGGAGUUGGGUCCCUUGAAGUCACAGCGUGCACACCCUGCUCGGAGCCUGCUGCUGUGUCCCAUUGCGCCUUCGGAACAGCGCCCAGCACCACCGUGAUGCUUUAGCAGGAGCCACAACCCCGUGCUGGGCAAGCACCAGGCCUCUUGGAGCCAAGCUCAGCGUGGAUAUAGAGACAUCAAGUCGUGGCUCUGGGACACCAGAGCCUGUAUUUUAUUCUUCUUUCGCCAGACAUCACCAAACUCCCCAGAAGCAGUUUUGCUUCUGUAGAGGGGGAACCAGCAUGGGCAGCGCUGCGCUGCCCCAAGUAAGUGUUAUGCUUGUGCUCAUCUGCGCAGGAGGCGGUGAAGGCAAGUCUUCCAUGGGGCCCCUGGGGCUGGCGGGGGGAAGGAGGUGUUGAGAUAGCCUGUUAACGCCGCGUGUUUCACCGAGCUGUGAUUGCAGGCACGCUUGCUGUGGUAUUCAACAAAGAGGUCCUUUCUUUUCAGAGGUAUUAGCGUUUAAUGUGAAAAUGGAAGAAACCUCAGAGGGGCGAAGAGAAAUUGCUCUUUUCGUUCACAACGUGGUGCUAUCGUGAUGGAAAGUUUGUGCCAUACAAGUUGUAGCAAGAGGCAAUACUGGCCAGACCAGUGUUAUGGUUGGUGCAGGAAAGCCAAACCCCAAUGGGAGGCAUUUUCUGUGUCCAUACGUGAGGUGUUCUGCUCGUCCUGUGUUACAGGGGUGAGGUGGUUUGGGGUUUCCUUCUUGAAACCAGUGCAACAGUGAAAACUUUGUCUAUAUCCAGCAAAGAGUGGUCCCCACUAUCACAUUGGCCUGAUACUGAACAGUAACCUAGUUUGGUUUGCUCACGAGGUGGGGGUCUUCACUGGGUUGGACUUUAAUAAAGCUGGAGAACUCAAUUUGGGGGAAAGUCCUCCCCAAGCACACGCACGCGUGCACAUUUUAUGUCCCAUCAAAAUAGGGACCAUAACCUGACAUAGUCACUUGGGUAUGAAUGGGAUUGGAGGGGACAGGUCCACAGCCAAAAAUGUUACUGCAGUGUCUGUGUCAGCACCUGGUACAGCUCUUCCUUCUGAGCCAGUUGCAGGGUUCCCUCUAGCCUCUUCGCAGGAGAAAGUAGCAAAAUGCUGUGGGUUUUUUGUUUCUUUCUUUGUUUAAAAGAAUUUUUCAGCCUGACCCCUUUGGAAAUGGCGUAACGUUUUGAAUUCAGAUGAUGGAAAUCCUGCAGACCAAAACCUGCUGCAGACAGGUGAUGCAGUGCCCAAGCAGGGUGGGUACUUAACAACUCUCUGAAGCCCUUACGUGAACAGUUUAAGUGAUCCACACACAAAUACUAUUCUGCUUUCACUCACUUCCUCCCGACCUCCACCUCCCCUCUGGGGAGAGAAGGACUCUUACUGUAAAAAUGUGGACUUUUAAACCUGUUGACUAAAAAAACAGUAAUUAAUAUUAAUUUAUAUUUGUGAAAAAAAUGCCACUGUCCUAGUGAUUUCUGAUGUAAAUAUGUUGUUUAUAUAGUAUGUAUUAAAUUUUCCUACAUUGUAAAACUGCUGUACUUUUGAUUCUUGUAUAUUAAAAAGUGUUCCUGAGAUUUUCA